AUGUCGAACCGAAAAGAGGAAAAACGGGCGCAAGGCCCUCCAAAAUACAAUGUUGGUUGGCGACGAGUGGUGAGGAACUUUAGCCCAUCAUGGUUCGCAGUCACAAUGGGAACUGGAAUUGUGUCCGUUCUGCUACAAUCGAUCCCGUUUUCUUCAACGGCGCUUCAUUACAUCUCGAUCGUGUUUUUCGUGUUGAACACUGCGCUCUUUGGUCUGGCCUUUGUGACCUCGUUCUUGCGGUACACCUUAUAUCCAGAAAUCUGGAAGGUGAUGAUUCAAGAUCCUACUAAUUCAUUAUUCCUGGCUACAAUCCCCAUGGGAUUCGCGACCUUAAUUGAGAUGUGGGUUUUCAUCUGCGUUCCGCACUGGGGUCCAUGGGCUACAUCCAUGGCAUGGGCCUUGUGGAUAGUGGAUGUCAUCGCCGCGGCUUCGGUGACACUAUCCUUGUCUUUUAUACUGAUGUCUCAACGCCAUAUUACCUCAUUGGAACGAAUCACCGCACUUCAGUUGCUCCCAAUUGCUGCCACUAUUGUCGCUGCCGGUGCAGGCGCAGAGGUUGCUCAUAUAUUGCCAAAUAAGACUCAUGCAUUGGGCACGCUGAUUGUCUCAUUUGUACUCUGGGGCAUGGGUACUCCCUUGGCCAUUUCAGUACUUGUCAUUUAUUAUCAGAGACUCGCAGUACACAAGCUGCCUCCACGCGAAGCGAUCGUUAGCUGCUUUCUCCCCUUGGGCCCAUUGGGCUUUGGUGGCUUUGGUAUUAUUUACAUCGGAAAGGUUGCUCGUGAGCUCUUUCAAGACACAGACAUUCUUGAUCCCAUCGCCGGCUCUAUGGCAUACGUCUUGGGUGUUUUUAUCUCCCUGCUUAUGUGGAGUUUUGGGUUAAUAUGGCUCGUCUUUGCAUUUGCAACGGUUCUAUACAGCUCCCCGUUUCCAUUCAAUAUGGGUUGGUGGGGAUUCACAUUUCCCCUUGGUGUCUACGCAGCGAAUACAAUGGAGUUGGGAAAGGUACUGGAUCUUAUGUUUUUCAAAGUUUUUGGAACGGUCCUAAGUGGUGUUGUCUUUCUACUGUGGGCAUUGGUUGCAUCCCGCACAGCUCUAGGGGCAUGGCGUGGAGACUUAUUUUAUGCCCCUUGUCUACAAAAUCUAUCUCUCAAGGAUAGUGAGACAGAGGGAGCGCGUCUUCGAGCAUAG